AUGCCCAAAAGUGCAAAAAAGAGGAAGGAGAAAGUCGCGGAUUUCUCGAAAGCAAAGCUGAAGCUCGGAAAGGGCAAGACACUAGCGAACAAUGCGAUAGACACGACAUUCAAGGCGCGAUCAAUCGUUCUGCCCUCUCAGAGCAUCGCGGUCGAGAAGGACACCUCCGAACCGAUUACGAAACGCCAACUGACAUUCAACGAUCUCCUCUCACACCUCAAGCAUUAUAACGCGGGGACGAGGAAAGGCAUGGUCUCUGUGGAAAACCUUAUCCCCCAUUCUCCCCUGCUCCUCUUGUAUACGACCUCUGCACAAACCCAUAUAUUCCCAGAGAUCAGGAUUGACGCCAUCCGCUUCCUUGACAUACUACUCGAUUGCAUCCCAGAAACCCUAACUUCUGGCUGGAGCGAAAUGAGCGAGACCCAUGGGAGUCGGGUCCUAGGAGGGUACCUUGGAAUUCUGAACGCGGGCACAAAGUACGGAGAAAUUGAGGGACCUGUCAAGGCGACUUCUACCGCGAGCGUUGUCCUGACACCUGCGUCCAAACUCGUAGUCCUUCGCUCUCUAUCCAAGUUUCUCCUUGUUGCCUUGUCUUCAAGUAACGGGGUGGCCUCUCAGGGAGGAGUCAGUACGAACAAACCCUUGGAUGCGUGGUUCAUGCGAAAUGCAUUCCCGUCGCAGGAAGCUUUUUCUGCGUUUGAAAGCCUUUUUGGAACUUCUAGCUCAAGCAAGGCACCAACUGUCACUCGGACUUGGGAAGCAGAAGUUGACCCAGAGGAUGUCUUCGGAGAUACAUUCACCCAGUGUUACCCGCUACUCAACGGCGGUACGGGCGAACCAUGGACACUUCAUGAGUUGUCUGACAUUCACGAUGCCGUGAGUGCUACCGACACUUUCAAUUCCCAAGGCACUAGUGCUUCCUUCGUUGCACACUUAGCGAACACGUUACAUUCUACUAUCAUCGAAACAUACCUUGACUCCGCCCCUUCAGUAUUUUCUCCGAGCUUGAGCCCGUCGGAAACUGAGGUUCAGCUCGUCUUGAGUGUGGUUCGCAUUGCUCGAACAUUGUAUCAUGUCAUCGUACAGUCUUCAGAGAAGGUUGAUCCUAUUCAAGUGGGCCAACUUGAGAAGAUUAUCAACUACAUGGCACCUCAUUUCCCGACGUUCAGCCGGGAUCACAAGUUAGACCCACUCUAUGAGGAAUUCGAUCUUAUAUUUUGCGAGCUCACGUCCAUGCUGCUUAACGCGACGCAAAACGCCUCAGCCCAAUCCCAGAAGCAGAGAAAAGCGAACCGGAAAGGCGAAGCACCCUCAUCAUCCUCGUCGACGCAGACAGAACGCGUGACCCUAUACAUCAUCCGGCGCCUUCGCGGGGAAGGCACCUCCGCGUCGCAAAUCGCCGCCCCAAUAAGUCCUACGGGUUACCUUGCGCUGUUACCGACCGUGUGGGCCCUGGUGAGCAACCCCACGGCGAACCCGCACGAGGCGGGCGAGGUCCUGCACGCGACGCUCGACCAUGCGCUCAGGGUAACGUCCAAGUCGGCGUGUAAGCGGACGACGGUGGAGUUUGUCGCGCGGCUGAUGCUGCUCGACCUCGAGCCGUAUUAUUGUGGCGACUUCAGUUCGGAGAGCGAUCCGGAGGUGAAGGCAAAGUUGGACGCGUGGCUGCUGCACCUGCCGCAGGUACUCUGGGAAGUUGGAAGUAGUCAUAUCCCAACCGUCGAGUCGAGGCUUGUCCCGUAUUUCUACAUCGACCAUCCGAGCCGCGGGCCCCUGGCUGGACCGUUCAAAAAGCUGCCGCCCCAAAGUGGUGCUACGGCGUCCCGAGUGCGCCUUCUCGCGCUCGAUGUGGUGGCUACAGUUCUGGCUUUGGGGAGACAGGAUGGGAAGGACUUCGACGGCUUGGCUAGGGCCGUCGGGCUGGCGGUUGCCGGAGAAGAAGAGGCGACGUACUGGGCUCACGUUUCCAUGUCGAAGUAA